AUGGAGGAGUGCAAGGCAGUGGCAAGUCCAGUGGAUGUCAGUUCUCGACUUAUGUCAAGCAGCACAGCGAGCAAGGUCGAUGUUCCAUUCCGUGAAGCUGUUGGUGCGUUGAUGCACCUGACGACUGCAAAGCGUCCGGACAUUGCGUUUGCUGUGGGCUUUGUGUUGCGCUUCAUGGAAAGUCCCCAAGAAGAACACUGGGUUGCGGUUAAGCGUAUCUUUCGCUACCUACAAGGCACCAAGACGCAUGGAAUUUGCUACAAGCCAAGUGCAAGGAUCGACUUCCGUGGAUAUUCGGACGCGGAUUGGGCUGGUGAUCUUACCGACCGCAAGUCAACAUCGGGGUACGUGUUCAUGCUAUUCGGUGCGCCAGUGAGUUGGGGCAGCAAGAAGCAGCCAAGUGUUUCGUUGUCCACGACUGAAGCGGAGUACAUUGCACUCAGUCUGGCGAUUCAAGAGGGCAAGUGGAUUCACCGUUCUGUGGAGAUAUAUUAA